GCUGCAAUCAGUUCCUGCGGUUCGAGUAUCAUGUGGCGGCACGCUUUGGGCCUCCUGCAUGAGCUCCGCCAGCGAAAGGGCGCCGGCCUUGUCGCCUUCAACGCGGCGAUGACGUCCUGUGCCAAGGGCCGGCAUAUCAGAGAGGCCCUGCAGCUCUUCGAUGAGAUUCAGGCGACGGACCUUCAGCCAGACAUCGUCAGCUUUGGCGCAGCGCUGACGGCGUGUGAGAAGGGUGGUCUGUGGGAAGAGGCCCUCUACAUCCUGGAGGUCCGGCUGCAGGAGGCAAAGGUGAAACCCAAUGUGGUGUUGCUGAAUGCGGUUGCCAGCGCUUGCGAAAAAGGCCGCCACUGGCCCGGAGCGCUUUGGAUUCUGCACCAGGCAGCUCGUCGACACCGCCUUCGCCCUGACGGCACCACGAUCAAUGCAGCCAUGGCUGCCUGUCUUCGUGGCGAGCAGUGGCCUCGAGCCUUGACCCUCUUCGCGGACAUGCGUCGGCUCUCGCUGGCUUCCCUGACCUCGUACUCGGAGGGGCUUCUCAGUCUGCAGCAGGCAAGGCGAUGGGAGGAUGCGCUGUUGCUGCUGGAUGAGAUGUUUAAAGUCGGCCUGAAGCCGGACUUGAAGGCUGUUGGAGCCGCCCUGGGGGCCUGUGCCCUGGCCGGGUCUUGGCAGCAGGCCUGUCGGCUGCUGUCGGAGUGCCGUGACCUCACCGGUGUUCCGGCGGACGCCGUGGCCGUGCUCUUGACCUUGGCCUCAGUGGAGCAGGCAGGCCUUGUGACGCUCCUGUUCGGAGCUCUUGGCGAUCAACUACAGCGAGUAGUUGCACGAAGCAUAGCUGAAGGUAACCCGUUUGGUGCCCCAGCAUCUGCCGCUAACAUUUUGGAGGGGAUCGAUGGCUCCGUCAAGAGCGGAGGACAUCCUUCCGACGCGCUCCGCGCACGCUGGACGACCCCAAGAGCCUUGUGGCAAAAAGUUUAUGCGCCAGCGGUGCAUCAUUUCAAGGACGUGAUGUCCUCCCGUCACAGGGCCGGUCGAAGAAAUCUGGUCUUGCAGCAAGAGUGGUCAUCGUUCGAAGCUUUACCUUGCCGGGAGGCGGUCUUUCUGCUUGGCUUCUGCCGGCCCCAUCCAAGAUGCGCUAAGUCGUCAGGCAGAUCUGAGCCAGCCGCGCGGAGCUUCCUAACACCGGGAGAAAAGCUGAUUCCUGCUGCAGAGAGCCAAGCCGAGCGAGAUCAAAUGAGUCGUAGCAUAGUACAGUGCAGUAGUCAUUUUUCGUUUUAUCGAGUAUAG